AUGUCUCAGACUUUGCUGACCUUCGGUGUGGCAAGUAGUUCAGCUCUUUUGGUGGCUGCGUUACUGGCAGCAGCAUGGAUGGUCAUGGAUAUGGGAAGAUACGAGGACAACUUCAUGAAUGGACUUUCGAGCUUUAAGGAUGAGUCCGGAGCACUAUGGGACCAAAUGAUGUCAAAGGAUAACCAUCGAUUUGUAAGAGAAGCACGAAGACAUAAAGCAAAUCGUAAACACCGCCAGCAAGCCGCUAAUACGCAAUAUGCAGAGAAUCCUGUCGGCGCUGGAGCUAACGGAUUUAACGAAGAUGAAUGCUCAUGCCCAACCACAUCUUGCCCAGCUGGCCCACCAGGCCCACCUGGUUCUAACGGAUUGCCUGGAGAGGAUGGUUCCAAUGGUUUGGAUGGUAAGCCUGGUAUACCAGGCAUGCAGAUGGUCUUUGGUCAAGCAGCUCAAGGAUGUAUACAAUGCCCAGCCGGCGAACCAGGGCCACCAGGACCUGACGGCGCACCUGGUCCAGCUGGAAACCCUGGCGCAGCCGGUGCUGCAGGAAACGAAGCGGGUCCUGGGGAACCCGGACCACCAGGUCCUCCAGGUCCACCGGGAUCUGUCGGAGUGCCAGGAAAACGAGGUGCAGAUGGUGAACCAGGCAGAGUCACAAAAAGACAUAUUGCUGGACAACCUGGACCUCCCGGUCCACCAGGACCACCAGGAGAGAUGGGUGCAGCCGGAGAAGCCUAUGUGCAAGCACCAUCAGAACCCGGACCACCUGGUCCUCCAGGUGCUCGUGGAAAGAGAGGAGCUGCCGGCCUUGAUGGAAUACCAGGAUUGCCAGGAGCAGACGGUGCACCUGGUAGAGAUGCUGCAUAUUGCCCAUGCCCUCCGCGUAGCGGAGUCCUAAGCGCCGCAGUCCAUCGCAGAUCAGAAGGAAGUGUUAGAGAAUUCAGUAUAGGUGGUGCAGCACCACCCGCAGCAGUCCCACGUCUUCACGUAUUCGGAAACGUAAAAGCGCACGGUGUUGCUCAAAAACGAGAAGGCCUCGUUCUAAGCAAAACGGAUGCUCGUAGAAAGCACUGA